AUGGAUACGUCAAACUCUUGGUUUGAUGCCUCGAAAGUGCAAAGUCUAAACUUCGAUCUACCAACCAAUUCUUAUUCCUCAAAUAUUAGAGGUAACGAUCUUUCGAAUUAUGGUAUAGAUGGCGAAUAUAAAACACUAGCAACAGAUGACUUGGGCAAUAUUUUGAAUCUAAAUUAUGGUGAAACUAAUGAAAUUAUAAUGAGUGAAAUAAAAGACUUAAACCUUCCGCUAGGACCGCUUUCUGAUGAAAAAUCUGUUAAGGUUUCUGCUUUCUCCGAAUUGGUAGCAAACGAUUGGCAAAGCAUGAACUUUGAUUUAGAAAGUACUGCAAGAGAAGCCACUCUAAAUGAAACUAGCUUGUUGAAUGAAAAUAGGUCAAAUCAUGACGUUGGUUUGGCUAUGUUCCAAAAAACUGUGAGUGAUAUGCCCAAUGAUGAAAAGAGGAUCCCCAUGGCAGAUAACUUAUUGGAGGCCAUAAACAAAAGUGAAACUAAUAAAAGCUUUGAUAGAAACCUCGGUGAAUUACUAUUACAACAACAGCAAGAGUUGCGUGAACAACUGAGGGCACAGCAAGAGGCUAAUAAGAAGUUAGAGUUAGAACUAAAGCAAACACAAUACAAGCAACAACAACUACAGGCUACCUUAGAGAGCGCUGAUGGCCAAAAAUUUUUAUCUCCCAAAAGAAAGAUCGCUGUUGUUUCCGAAAAUGUGGAGGAUGUAUACUCAAAUAGUCUUUCACCAAUGAUUUCUCCGCCGAUGUCGAACACUUCGUUCACUGGCUCACCUUCUAGGAGAAUCAAUAGACAGAAGUACUCCUUUGAGAGAAAAAACUCUAAUGGUACGGCAGGUCCACUAUGUUUCCAAGAUUUGAACGAAGAUUUCAAUGACACGCUUAUUUCACCAAAAAAAACCCGUUCGGAUCCAAGUGAAAACCUGAAUUCGAAACCCAAAUUUAUUGCGCCCUUCACUCCAAAGAGUAGAGUUAGUUCAGCCGCUUCCAACUCCGCUAACAUUACCCCUAAUAACUUAAGGUUGGAUUUCAAGAUAAAUGCCGAAGAACAGGGGAGCGAAUAUUCAGAGAGGCCUUUGGGGCUUGGUAUUGAACCUCUUGGAAAACCAGGCGCUUCUCCUACAAAAGCGGUGUCCCUAAAGAGUGCUGCUGUGGAUAUUAUGCCCACAAUUCCGGGGUCUGUAAAUAAUACUCCAUCAGCUAAUAAAGUGGUCGUUUCUUCCGGUUAUAUAGACCAAUAUACGCCAAGAGGUAAGCAGUUACAUUUUAGCUCCAUCGGUGAAAAUUCAUUGGGUAUCGCAGCUGCGACACCGCAUCUAAAGCCGCCGUGCCAGCAGGUAGGAUAUCGCGAAGGCGGUUUCAAUGAUUUAGGCCCUAAUGUACUUAAAAAAAAUACAGAUAAUGAGGGAGACGAUGAUGAGGAAAAUGAGCCUGAAAGUAGAUUUAUUAUUUCUGAAACACCUUCUCCGAUUCUUAAGUCCCAAAGUAUGUAUGAGGGAAGAUCCCCUCAAUUUGGUACUCACGUUAAGGAAAUUGACACUUACACUGGCAAUAGUCCCUCGAAAAUAACAAGGAAACUUACAACACUGCCCAGAGGCUCGAUCGAUAGAUAUGUAAAGGAAAUGCCUGAUAAAACAUUUGAGUGUUUGUAUCCGGGAUGUGCAAAAACAUUCAAGAGGAGAUAUAACAUCAGAUCUCAUAUCCAAACACAUUUGGAAGACCGGCCGUAUUCCUGUGAUCACCCUGGAUGUGAUAAGGCAUUUGUACGGAAUCAUGACUUGAUCAGACAUAAAAAGUCGCAUCAAGAAAAGGCAUAUGCGUGUCCCUGUGGGAAGAAAUUCAACAGAGAAGAUGCUUUGGUUGUGCACAGAAGUAGAAUGAUUUGCAGUGGUGGUAAAAAAUAUGAAAACGUAGUAAUUAAAAGGUCUCCGAGGAAAAGGGGAAGACCCAGAAAGGAUGGAACUUCGAGUGUCUCUAGUAGUCCAAUUAAAGAAAACCUUAAUAAGGAUCAUAAUGGACAGUUGAUGUUCAAACUUGAAGAUCAACUCAGAAGAGAGCGUAAUUAUGAUGGGCACGGAACGGGGAUAAUGGUUUCGCCAAUGAAACUUAACCAAAAGUAA